UACAACAUCUAGUUCAUGAUAAGAGGCAUCGGAUAGUAGACACAAAAUGCGUUUUACUAAAGCUUGAACUACUGUUUGGUAUGUACUUACUAUGACUGCCCAUGUCGAUCUUGACAAUAUUCGUCCUAAAAGGGCAACAGUGUAUAAAAGGGUUCCUCCAGAUGGUGGCUAUGGCUAUGUGAUUGUAGCAGCUUUAACACUAUUUAUUCUUUCUACAUUAGUUCCUCAUGCAUGUUUUGGAUUGCUUUAUGGAUCAUAUUUAGCAGAUCGAGGGGAUGAAACAAGUUCUGUUACUACAGUGGCGUCCCUUUACAGUUGCAUUUAUCAUUUCUCUGGAAUAAUUUCAAAUCCACUGCUGCAGAUAUGGCCGAAAAGAACGAUUGGGUUAAUAGGGGCCGCAAUGAUUUUCUCCGGAAACAUAGGCACUAUAUUUAUAACAACUGCGAACCAUUUAGUAAUCACUUACGGAAUAAUACAAGGAUUGGGAAUUGGAUUCCUCUUACCUGCUGCAAUGACAUCUUUCAAUGAUUAUUUUGCACAAAGAAAGAACUUUCUGAUGGGCGUAUCUCAGACUAUUACAGCUGGACUGACAAUUUUAUACCCUACAUUCAUGCGAUUCUUGUUGAGUCAAUAUGGCUUCAGAGGAGCUGUGGCUAUUUUAGCAGCAAUAAAUAGUCACGUAAUUUUUACAGCCGUCUCUCUCCAUCCUGUGAAAUGGCAUUUAAAGAAAGUUAUCGAGGAGGAAACAGAAACUAAAACCGUUCAAGAUAAAGACGCGAAGAACGAGACCGUGCCCAGUAGUCUCAAUGGCGAAGAUGGUCAACUUCUAAGAAAGAGAUUCUCACUGAGUCCUCCAGACAAUGCAGAAAGAAUGCGUAUGGCAAGACCAUCUGUGAUUAGCAUUGGAAGCUUUACAGUGCCUGUAGGUGCUCGCGAUAGUAAAAAGAAAGGAUUUUGGAAAUCGUUAGACUUUAGUGUACUGAAGGAUCCAACGUAUUAUAACUUGAUUAUCGGUGUUUCUUUGGGACUCAUGGCUGAAUACAAUUUUAUUGCUAUACUUCCUAGUUAUUUAUCAAAACGUGAAUACACAAAAGAAGACAUCGCUAUGGUUUUAACUGCUUAUUUUGCAUCAGAUUUAGUAGGACGGCUUUUAUAUACCACCUGCAUGGCGUUGGUGAGAAUGCCCAAUCGAAUUCUGUUUUUGGGAGCUUCUAUUAUGUGUGUUCUGGUGAGAGUUGCAUUUUCAUUUAGUUCGAACUAUUGGUGGGUAGUCGGAAUAAUUGGAAGCCUUGGUGCUCUGAGGGGGUUCAUCCAUACUCCCAUAGUACUUUGUAUUGCUGAUGAGUAUUCGGAUAAAUUUACCAGCGCUUUCACGCUUUACAUGGUAAUCUGUGGAAUAGUCGCAUUUAUAGUUGGUCAAGUUCUAAAUGUUGCGAAAUAUGUUACACAAAGCGACGAAGUAGUCAUUCACAUUCUAACAGCAUUAUAUGUGGUUAUUGUUGUUUGUUGGUCUAUUGAACUGAUUUAUAAACGGGUAAAGGGUAUCAAACCUCGGUCUAAAACAACAAAUCUAGGUUCAAGCCAUUAACUUUACAAAUACUCAAAUUUCCGAAUCAUUCGAAUUUUGUCGAAUAAUUUGACUGUUUUUUUUUUAAGUAAAGUGCAUAUCAUUUCCAAUGGAAUUAAAUGAACAAUUGUCCUUCCUCUAGUUAAUGAUUACAUAUUAUGAACACUGAAUGGAAUUAAUUUCAUAUUCGUUUAUAUGAAAAUUUUCUAUUGGUUUUUCUCUUAAUUAUAUCUAUACUAAACUAAAAAAGUGGAAUUAAUAAAUGUUAAAAUUAC